AUGAGCGCAUCUGUUGACAAACUGAUUAGUACUAACCUUUUUUAUGUGGGAUUUGGGUUGCUUGUUUGGUGGACACUCCACCAGACUGGAACGGAAAAUGUUGCACUUCUCCCCCAAACUGACACUACUCCUCCAAAUGCCAAAGAAGAGUUCAAAAGAGUUCACUACCAUAUGGGUUCUUGUGUCCAUAACCUGGAUGCAAAGGGACCACUCCAGGCAGAUACCGAAUAUUGGGCUGUGAAGACCCUAAAACACCGCGCCUUCCACAAUAACAGAUGUUGCUCCUUGAAUACAUUCCCUCUUCUGAAUGGCAGUGUAUCCAUGCCAUCCUUCCUCAAUGAGGCCAAUUUGCAGGCUGUCAAGCAAACUUGCAUCAACGACGGCCGAUAUUAUGAUCUGUUCACGCGCCUCCGCACACUAUUUCUUCUGCAUUCUGUAAACCUCACAGAUGACACACUUCAGGACAUGGCGCAGAAGAUACAUGAAGUAGGCUGCAAAGUGAUGUCAAAUAAAGUGCCCAGCAAGAAGACGCCAUCAUCCACCAAUAUCCUUGUACAGACCCAGAUAGAAACCCAGAGAGUGAAUACUGUACUUCUCAGUGCUUUGAUGAAAGUUGCGGAUGUUGCUGACCUUGACACAAACACUGCGAUCACAAUGGCUGUGACUAAGACACUUGUCACAGAGGCACUAAACCAAGCUGAAGGAUUCGUCAUGAGUCAUUGGUCAAAGGAUGUGUGUCCUUGGCUGUAUAGUCCUUCCGAUGAAGUGCGCCUGGUUGAGUUUUUGAACAAGAUGUGCUUGUGGGUGGAUCGGUACCUCACAGAGCUGGGAGUCAUACAACCACACAAUUCCGACGAUCCUCAUCACCAUUGGAUAAGCACAGGUACCACAUUCUUUCAAGCCAGAUCAGGGGUGGCAGCAUCAUCCAAGACAAGCGGGGUUGGCGCACGCAAGCCGGAUAUCACCCUUGUGACCAACGACUCACACGAGUGGUCCAAUGUUAAAUCCGUUAUUGACGUCAAGUAUCGCCACUCCGAGGUUCUUCUCAAGGCAUCCAAGGAGUACAUGGUAGAAGUUUCCCAUCUGGUCUUCACUAACCAAGUGCAUCGUCGCUUCUUCAUAGGAGCUCUCUUGACUGGACCAGAAAUGAGGAUCGCUCUUUUCACUCGCGGUUGUGGGGCCUUUUCUGAACCCAUCGAUAUCUACGCCGAUCCCAUCAAAUACAUGCAAGUCUUAUCUUGGUUCAUGCAUACCGACCUUCGCUAUCUCGGAUAUGAUCCCUACUACCAAGCUCCCACUUCCACGAAACAACUUGUCCUUGUGGUUGAUGAAGGCAAACAUGGUAUUGCCGGAUUUGGCCGCACCACUCAGGUGAUGGUGGUCAGAGGCCCAAGACAGCAACUGAGGGUUGAUCAAGAGACUUUGAUUGUAAAAGAAGUUUGGCAGGUUGACUGUUUCUUACCGGAUGGAGAGAUCCAUCAACUUUUGGAGGACAAAGAGCGCCUUCAAAAGGCUCGCAUAAAACUAGAGCAAGAAAAGAUUCCGUAUCCUGACGUUAUUCCUGACACUGAGGCUGAGAAGAAGUCACAGUCAGUCUUGUUCAAGCGAUGGCCCAAACCUGCGUGGGAUGAUGAGGACAAAGAAGGUUCCUACCCCAGACACCUCCCUAUUCGUGAUCAAUGCAUGUCCACGCACCCUGUUAUGAUGAUUGACUGUGAUGGGGCGCGAGUACCAGACAGUGUUGCGAACAUCAUGAAGCCCUUGUCCGCGGAAAUCUAUCCCCUUGUGCACUAUUGA